UCUUCCUUAAAUGUUCAGUUUAGGUGUAAGUUGUACCGACACCUGAAGCCCCUUUCAUCAUGCAAGAGCUGGCGGUGCCGCAAAAGAGCCUAAUUAGGCACACCUACGCAGUGACCAUCGCUAUGCUGGUAAUUGGCCAGAUUCAGGUGGCGGUAUUCAUGCAGAUCAAGUCCCUGAAGGAUUUCCUGGCGAGGCGCUACUUCCUCAGCCUAAUCCAGUUCUUCGUCAGCUUCCUGUCCAUCCAGCUGUACGUCUUCUUCUUUCACAUCAUUUCGGGCAAGUCGAUGUGGGUACGGGUCGUGGUUGGCAUGUGGACGUAUCAGGUGAACACGAUUUCCAUCAUGAAGCCGGCCAUGAAAGCGCCUUACUUAACCCUCGCCGUGUCCUUUGUCUUUACUUAUUGGAUGAUGUUUAUCAGUGCGAUUUAUGGUUACAAUGCGAGGCAUCACAAGCGGGGUCUCUUUGUUUCCCGACACAACGUGAUCCUGUGGAGCGAGCGUAUAUUUGUGGUUACCUGUUUUGGGAUCAUCGUCUGCGAUGAGAUGGCGAACGUGACCAUCGAGUUUCUCACCCUGCUCGUCUAUACGCUCAUGUCGAAUGUGUUUGUCGUCAUCUUUGCCGCCUCCCUGCGAAGACCGAACUUUUAUCACCCACACGACCUGGGCGACUUCAUAUUGAUCGGUCAACUGUACUAUCUGAACUACUUUGCUCUGUACAUGAGCAUUGUGUGGACAUUAGACGUGUUGCUGGACAUCAUGGAGUGGGACACCAGCUUCUUCCAGUUCUUCAAUUCCACUACUAAGGCUCCGACAACUACCCAUAUACUGAUAUAGGAUCGAUGGCAGUUUGCUGCUUGUUUUAUUUUUUAAAGUGCAAGUGAUCAGCGAAAAUUAAAAAAUAAUUAUGUUCAAGAA